AUGCAAAGUGAGGAACCACAAAUCGGAGAGGCAGUUUCACAGGCCGAGAAAAUAACGGAACCGAAGGCCGAAAAUCCUGAAGAUGUUUCGGAGCCCAAGAAAAACCAGUUACAGUUAGAACAAACAUUAGAAGUAAAGACUGAAGAAGCUGAAGAACAAAAAGAAACAGAAAUAUCAAAAGUCAGUGAGUCACCAAAGGAAGAAACCGAACAGCAGACAGCAGAACCCGGAGAUACACUGCCAACCGACAAACCGCUGGACUCGGAAUCACAAGUUCAACAAGCAAAUAAAGUUGAGACUUUAAAUAUCUGAGCGGUGUGUGUGGAACACUUUAGUUGAUGUAAAGAAAACGGCGACAGGACCAGAUAACCUCCCGUACUGGAUCUGGAAAGACUGUGCUGAGCUACUCACACCUGUCGUUACUCAUGUUUGGAAUUGGUCGCUUUCUACUCAUACAUGGUCGGACUCUUGGAAGAGGGCAAAUGUUAAUCCUCUCCCCAAAGUGGACAUGCCUUUAGAGGACUCAGACUACCGUGGUAUCAGUGUUACUCCCGUUGUUGCGUGGUUGUUUGAGAAGGUCGUGUAUCGUGCGCAAGCACAGUCAUUCAUUGAAAACAGUCUGAGCCACACCCAAUUUGCAUAUAGACAGGCGGGUAAUUGCACAAAUGCCUUGCUCGCUAUCCAGCGCUAUAUAUACAAGUAUUUAGACAGUAGUGACUGUAGCGCAGUGCGAAUUUUUACUAUGGACUUCAGUAAGGCCUUCGAUUUUGUGAACCAUACUAUUUUGUCUGCCAAACUGAAACAGCUAUCCCUAAAUCCGUACAUUAUAGGAACCGUGACCCGUCUGCCGACUUAGUAGGACAGUUCUUAGCCUGGUGCAAAGACAAUAAAAUGGUCUGCAACCCUAGUAAAUAUAAAGAGCUUGUUGUUAGAAAGAAAAAUCACAAUGUACUCUACUCUCCAGUUAACAAUAUUUCUCAAUGUAAUAGCUACGUUUUACUAGGAGUAACUCUACAGAGUGACGGGAAAUUCAAUGAGCAUGUAAGAACCAAGCUUGUCAAAGCAAACAAGUGUUUACACGUCCUACGAACACUAAGAAGGAACACUACUCUCAGGAAGAGAUAGAUCACCUUUUUAUAUCUAUUGUUUUACCUAAUUUUAGCUAUGCGCUUUCAGUCUAUGGGGCAUCGGAAUCCGAUCUUACGGUUAUAAAACAUUUUUUAGACCGAGGCCAUAAACGCCGUUUUAUUUCAUUUCCAGUUUUUAUCAAGAAUCUUUUAAAUAAACAAGACCAAAACAUUUUAAAGAAAUUAAUAUUGCCACCCACUAAAAGAUAUCAUUCCUGUCCAGAAGACGUAUGUACAUAAUCUUAGGAAAAAAGGCUGCGUACGCCCGAAAAUUAAUACAGAGCGUUUUAUGAACACCUUUGUAAAUAGGUUGAUUUUUAAGCUCCAUUUAUUGUAAUGAUACACUUUUUUAAUAUAUACAUGUAACGUAGAUAUUUUUAUCAUAGUUUUUAUCUUCUCUUAUUGUAACAUAAGAUAUGUAGUUUUAUCUUUUGGUGAAAUAAAGACUCAUUAUUAUUAUUUCAGACACUGAAGAAAUACGAGCCAUCGCCGAAGAAGCAGUGCCGGAAAGCGAGGGUGACGGGCCGAAAUUCGAAAACAAGACCGAAUCAAAGGAUGUAGAUGCUGAAGAAAUGCAAGUCAGUAUGGAAGCUGACUCAGUGAAAGCCGAAGAUAACAAAGAACCGAGGACGGACAAUCGCGAAGACUCAUCGGAACCCGAAAAAUCUCAAGUCAUCGAGUCAAAAGUGCAACAAGAAGCUAGCUUGGACACGUCACCAGUUUCAAGGUCGCAGGCUGAACAAGAAACCGAGCCAACGACCGAAGAUACGGAGGAGACACAAGCCAUCCAAGGAAUACCUUCAGAGAGCGAAGUGGCGACAUCACGGGUCGAGUAUAACGCCGAACCGAAGGAAGGUAGCACCGAAGGAAAACAAGCAAUCGACAAAGAACCAGCCUCGGAGAAGGUGAAAUCAAAAGCAACCAAAACAAGCACGAAAAUGGAUAAACUGCUUCAAAGGCGUAUAGUGGAGAGUGUUUUAACAGAACCGGAAAAUGACGAGAAAAAUGCCGAUGAGGAGAUUGUCAUGGAGCUGACUGAGAAUAAAAGCAAGAAAGACAAGAAAUGCGAAAAGGAGACCUGGGUCAUGGUACAGCACUUUGAAAUGACCGAUGAAAUAGCUCGACAGUUGGGUCACAUGCUCACACUCAAUGCCUUCAAAAGAACCACCACCUGUUGUACGAUUAUGUGA